GGGAGUGGCCGUUACUUGACUUCGAAUGUAUCAGAAGCCGCGGUCUCCGCUCCUCCGCCCUCACCGUUCCUAAUUAAUUCUGGGGUUCCCAUUAAACCAUGCCCAUUUCAUCGGCCGAUCUCUCCGGCCGUAAUCCCAGUUCCCCACCGCUGAUCUUAGAGGAAUUCCAUUCCCUUCAACCCAUCAGCUCCAAUCCCUGUCUCCUCCCUCUUCCUCCCUCAUCGUUUCCUUCUCUCCACGCGGAAUGUAGGGUGUUCUGCUCCUCUUCUUCGAAUUUUUUUGGAUUGAAGUUCCGGUGCUCCGAGGAAUGUCUGUGUAUUAUGUCCAGUCAAUUGGAGUGGUUGCGGACGAGGCUCUUGUUGGAUCAGAAUGAUAUCAGCGUGAGGACUUGAAAGGAUUCUUUGGUCUGCCAGUGCUCUAUUCCGUAAGGUUUACUUAUCUAGCAUCUUGUCUAAGAAUAGAAGGAGAAUCGCAUUUCAAUUAGACAAUUUGUAAGUAUUGAGUUUUGUCCAAUAACGAUGACAUAUGUAAAAGUAUAGCUCUGGUCAUUGCUCUUAGAUGUAGGGUUGAAAGGGACCUUUAUAGAGGUGAAUAGUGAUCUUGGUUUUGUGGCACCAGAGAUAUUCUGAGUUGGUUAUCUUGCGGGCACUGAUGGAUUCGGCCAGAAGUUGGUUUCAGAAGUUUCAGCCAAGAGAGAAGGGUGUGACUAAAAAGAGUGAAAUGGGAUUAUUAGAUGGACUGGAUGAUACUGAAGAAUCACCAUCGGAUGCUACGAGGCAAAGGGUGGCUGCUGCCAAGCAAUACAUAGAAAAUCAUUACAAGGAACAGAUGAAAAAUUUGCAGGAACGCAAGGAACGACGUUAUAAUUUGGAGAGGAAACUAGCAGAUGCUGAUGUUUCUGAAGAAGAUCAGCACAAUAUUUUAAAGUAUUUGGAGCAGAAGGAGACAGAAUACAUGCGCCUUCAAAGGCAUAGAAUGGGGGUUGAUGAUUUUGAAUUACUUACAAUGAUAGGAAAAGGUGCUUUUGGGGAGGUCAGAGUCUGUAGGGAGAAAGGAACUGGUAAUGUCUAUGCAAUGAAGAAGCUAAAGAAAUCAGAGAUGCUACGUCGAGGACAGGUUGAGCAUGUUAAAGCUGAAAGGAAUCUUCUAGCCGAGGUUGAUAGCAAUUGUAUAGUGAAGCUAUAUUGUUCCUUCCAAGACGAUGACUACCUGUAUCUUAUCAUGGAAUACCUACCUGGUGGGGAUGUGAUGACGUUGCUUAUGCGGAAGGAUAUUCUGAAUGAGGACGAGGCUAGAUUCUAUAUUGGUGAAGCAGUUUUGGCUAUUGAAUCCAUCCAUAUACACAAUUAUAUUCACAGGGAUAUAAAGCCUGAUAAUCUAUUACUCGACAAAUUUGGUCACCUAAAGCUUUCAGAUUUUGGAUUAUGUAAGCCAUUGCACUGCAGUAAUUUUCCAAAUUUACAAGAAAAAGAUAUUACUAAUGGAAGGAGCUGCAGUGGGUCUUCCCACUUUGAUGAACGGUCAUCUUUACCAAAGCGGACACAACAAGAACAACUAGAGCACUGGCAAAGAAACAGGCGGACAUUGGCAUACUCUACUGUUGGUACACCUGAUUAUAUUGCUCCAGAAGUCCUACUGAAGAAAGGUUAUGGAAUGGAAUGUGAUUGGUGGUCACUGGGAGCCAUCAUGUUUGAAAUGCUUAUAGGUUAUCCUCCAUUUUAUUCUGAUGAACCUAUGGCAACAUGCAGGAAGAUAGUUAACUGGCGAACACACCUGAAGUUUCCUGAUGAGGCAAAGCUAUCUGCUGAAGCAAAAGAUCUUAUUAGUAAGCUAUUGUGCAAUGUUGAACAACGGCUUGGUACGAAGGGUGCUGAUGAAAUAAAGGCUCACCCUUGGUUUAAGGGCAUUGAAUGGGAUAAUCUUUAUCGAAUGGAGGCUGCAUUUAUACCUGAAGUGAAGGAUGAGUUGGAUACUCAAAACUUUGAGAAGUUUGAAGAGUCUGGUGAUCAAGUUCAGAGUUCAUCUAAAUCAGGCCCUUGGAGAAAGAUGCUUUCAUCCAAGGAUUUGAAUUUCAUGGGCUACACAUAUAAGAACUUUGAAAUAGUUAAUGAUCAUGUAGUGCCUGGAAUAGCUGAAUUGAAGAAGAAGGACAAAUUGAAGAGGCCAAGUAUCAAAUCACUUUUUGAGGCAGAAGACCAGCUUGAUGAAUCCAUUAGAGGGAGCUUUGAAAAUGCUUUACCCAGCCAACUGGAACACUCAAAAAGUCAGGGAUCAUCUUCUCCGUAAAUGUCAUUGAUUAAUAUCAGCAAUCAUGGAAGCUCAUCUUUUACACAAAUCACAUUGAUCUCCAAAUGCAUUGUGAUCGAAAUCUAGCAAUUAAGUGCUUCCAAGCAUCAUAAUUCUCUCAGGUGCAACUGCUGCUUAAUCAGAAAUUGCUGCAUGCAGCAAGUUUUUAGGCUGAAGCAGGAACAAGUGAGAGAGUGAAUUCUACUGCUUCGGAGAGAUUGUUCAUGACUGGUCCAGGCUUUUCGUGAUCUCCUUUUUCUUGUAAAGAAUUGCUUUUGUUAUUUUUCAUCAAGUUCGGCUGCUUCUUUUUGUAAUUUUUAAUGGUCUAUAUUU